AGUGUCCACGGGCUGCGGGGGGUUGGCCGCGUCGUUGGGCCGCCGAUGCAGCGAUCGUGGCCAUGGAGGACGCGGACGAGCCCGAGCGGCAGCUGGAGCUGGCGAUGCAGGAGAAGGAUCGCGGCGCGGAGCUGUACAAACAGCAACGCUUCGCGGAAGCCAAGGAGGUCUGGGCGCAGGCGCUCGCCCGCAUGGCCAGCGCCAGCGGCGACGCGAUAGGCAGGCUGCACCUCAGCCUGCGGCUCAACCUGUCGCAGGCGUCUCUGCAGCUGAAGGAGUAUAGUGAUGUAAUCGAGCACGCGGGCGAGGUGCUGAAGCUCGAUCCAGAGAGCGCCAAGGGCCUCUACAGGCGCGGCCUCGCGCACGACGCCCUCGGGAACGUCAAGGCGGACGGCCACC